CAGCCGAUGAUACCGUACCAGCAGAGGAUAAGCUAGCUUGGGUAACAGCGGUGUGUGUGCUCUUAUAAGCAGGCCGUCAACCCCACGAGCCGGCCCUGUCUGUCCGGCCCACUCCAGAUCGUUCCCCUCUGCUCCAGCCCAACUCGCCGUUCAGACAAUUGGCAAGGGAGUCCGAACAACAACUUGGAAUAUCAUGAGUCCUGAAGCGGCCGGAGGCAGGCACUUGGUGCACAGCCAUGCUAAGGAGGGCGACAUACCGGGCACUGUGGACUUGACUGCUAAAGAGGGCGACGACACGGCUUACGGACAAGCUCUCUACCCGGUGCCGGCGGAGGACCCCAACGACCCACUGCAGUGGUCCAACACCCGCAAGAGCCUGAUUCUUGUCGUCUGCUCGCUUUACUCUUUCCUCAGCAACUCGGCCCUGCUCGGCCCUGCGGUGUACAUUGGCAUAUAUGCGCAAGAAUUUGACAUCACCCCGAAUGAGGCGAGCAAUCUAAUCAGCUACGCGAAUCUUGCGUUUGGCUUCGGGUCUCUGCUGCUGGUGCCCUCCUAUCACAAGUUCGGCCGCCGGCCGGUCAUGUUGCUAUCCCUCGUCUCGUACUGUGCCGGGCUCCUUGCCUGCUCGCAAGUGACGACUUAUGGCGGGCUGAUGGCCGCACGAGUCAUCCACGCCUUCGGCUCGUCUGUGUGCGAAGCGCUCCCUGUGCAGUUGGUCAAUGACAUCUUCUUCCUCCAUGAGCGCGGCAAGCGGCUAGGCUACUACACAGUUUGCCUCUGCUUCGGCUCCACGGGCCCGCUCUUCGCCGGAUACAUGUUGGCAGGCGGCUAUUCGUGGCGCCUCUUCUUCUACGUCGAGUUCGCCUUCGCCUGCGCGCUGUUGAUCCUGGCCUUCUUCGUCGUCGAAGAGUCGCUGUACCACCGCGCCCCGCGCCCGGAGCCGGUCCAGGAGUCGUCCAGCUCCCAGCACGACGACAAGGAAUCCAUGGCCAACGCCGUGCACACCGAGAACCCAGCGGACCUCACUAACGUGCCACCGCGCAAGACCUUCCUGCAGACGCUGAAGUUCUGGGGCGUCUACGAGCGAGACGCCGACUUCUUCCUCAUGAUGGCCCGCUCCUUCACCUACUUCCUGGUCCCCCACGUGAUGUGGGUUAUCACAACCUACGGAAUCUAUAUCGGCCUAGGCGCGCUAACAUUCAACUACACCUUCCCGCUGAAAAUCACCGCGCCGCCCUACAACUGGUCCGAGACCUCGUCGGGUCUGAUCGCAGUGGCCUCUUUCCUGGGCUACCUGCUGGCCAUCCCGUUCACGACGUCGUCGGACCGUCUUGCCGCGCGUCUGACGCGCAAGAACAACGGCAUCCGUGAGGCCGAGAUGCGCCUGGGCGUCAUGCUACCCGUCAUGUUCCUGGCGCCCGCGGGGCUGGUCGUGUACGGGCUGGCGGCGGAACGCGACCUGCACUGGGUCGCGUACUUCGCCGGCGUGGUCAUGUGCCAGGCCGGCAGCUUCUUCUACUUCACGUUCACGCUGGCCUAUGCGAUCGACAGCUAUACCGCGAAUAUCAGCGAGAUGCUGAUUGCCAUGAACCUGGGCAAGCAGGCCAUUUCCUUUGGUAUGGGCUUGGAUCUACUGUAUUGGGUGCUGCAGCACGGGUACGCGGUCAUGAUUGCGGGCGUGUUCUGCGCGAUUGUGGCGGUCAAUAACCUGGCGCUGAUUCCGUUUAUGGUCUGGGGCAAGGGGAUCAGGAGGUUCAUGGCCAGGACCUGGUUGGCGAAGGUGCAUCGGGAUAGCGUCAAGGAGAUUGCGACGCAUUAGCCAGCAGAGCGUUAGAUAGGAGAUGGAAUAAGUAGGGUGUAUGGAUGUCAGAGCAAGUGAGCAGUUUGGUGUCUACAAUCAACAUUCAGUUCAGUCAACAGUG